CCUCCAUCUGCAGUAGGGAGAAGCAACAUCACUGCAUUUACAUACAAUCAAACAAUCAUGGCAUCCACUCAACACAUCUAUUCGUUGGUGGGUAAAAAUCUAAAAUUGACAAGCGAAGAAGAUAUUGCUUCUUACUUGGAAGAAAUCAAAGCAAUCGAAAAUUUACAAGAAAUUCAUCUAGGUGGAAAUACGUUGGGCGUUGGAGCAUGUCAAGCUUUGGGAAAAGUGUUGAAAGAGAAGAAAACUUUGAGAGUGGCAGAUUUUGCAGAUAUCUUUACUGGUCGUUUAAUCACAGAAAUUCCCGAUGCCCUUCGUGCUUUAUGCGAUAGCUUAGUCGAUCAUGAAUCAUUGGUUGAGAUGAAUUUGAGCGACAAUGCAUUCGGUGGACGUUCUGCAGAGCCAAUGGUCAACUUUUUGACAAACAAUCAUCAUUUUUCCGUUCUCAAGCUGAACAAUAAUGGAUUGGGUGUCACAGGUGGAAAGAUUGUCGCUGAUGCUCUCUUGGCUGCAGGAGAAGAAUUGGUCAAACAGAAUAAACCUUCAAAGCUUACGACUGUGAUCUGCGGUCGCAACAGAUUGGAAGACGGAUCAGCUCCUCAUUGGGCCAAAGCAUUUGCAUCUCACAAAACACUGGAAGAAGUACGAAUGUUCCAAAACGGUAUCAGAAUGGAUGGUAUCGUUGCAAUUGCUCAAGGUCUAGCAUCAUGCAAGCAGCUCAAGGUAUUGGAUCUGCAAGAUAACACAGCUACCGUUUCUGGAAGUCGCGGAAUCGCCGCUGCUUUGCCGCAUUGGCAAGAUUUGGAAACGCUCAAUUUGAGCGAUUGUCUUUUGAAGCCCAAGGGUGGCUACCUUAUCUUGGACGUUCUACACAAAGGCAGCAACAAAAAGCUCAACACACUUCAGUUGCAGUAUUGCGACUUGGACAGGAAAGCGUUGGGACAUUUAGCUAGUGCGAUUGACAGCGGAGCAUUAGCCAACAUCGAAAAGCUUGAAAUCAAUGGCAACUGGGCAGAUGAAGAUGAUGAAUGCAUCACAAAGAUCAAAUCCGCAUUGGAAAAGCAUGGCCACGAAGAUGCUUUGGAUGAGUUGGAUGAAAUGGAUCCAGAAGGAGAAGAUGAGGACGAAGAUGAAGGAGCUGAAGAAGAUGAAGAUGACGAAGAGAAGAAGCCGGAAGCAUCAGAGAUCGCUGCUGCUGCUGUGGCUGCACCUGCUGCAACAGCUGCCGUUAUCGGUGGUGCAGCUGUCAAUGCUGCAUCAGGAACCAAAGUCACUGUUGAACAGCAAAUGCAGAAUCUGUCUGUCAAAGAAGAGAAAGCAGAUGCAAGCAAGAAUUCCACAGCACCAUCCGAGGUUGCUGCUGCUGCCGUGGCUGCCCCUGCAGCUACAGCAGCUGUGAUUGGUGGAGCAGCUUCCAAUGCUGUUGGCAACACAAAAGAUGCUGUAAAGGACGCCACUUCAAAAUCUAACGAGGAGGAGAAAGCUCAAACCAUUGCAGAGGUAGAAGAAGCGGAAAAGGUUGUCAAGGAUACGGAUGCCGAUGCAGAAACUUCCAAACAGCCACCACCACUUCUUGGAGAAACUGACAAGACCACUCUCGCGGGAAGCGUUCCACAGAAACCCGCAACAGAAGCACCGCAAGAGGACAGCAAAGAUACACUUGCAGUUGUUGGAGGUGGUGCAGCAUUAGCAGGUCUAGCUGGAGCUGCAGUUGCAGGAGUGACUGGUCAGGAAGAUUCGGCAAAAGGGAAGAGCAAGGCUGUUGAGCGCACAGAAAAGGCAGAUGAUACCCCUGCCGAGGUCGUCAAACCAGCAGAAACAGCGGCAGAGGUUGCAGAAAGUGCACAAGAAGUACCAGAAGAGAAGGAAGCGGCAAAGGUUGCUGCUGAAGUGGCCGAGAGCGCACAAGAGGUUCCAGACCAUAAAGCAGCUGCUGAAACAGCAGACGAAGUGGCUGAAGUUGCCAAACAAGUACCCGAGAAAAGAAGUGGACAAGCAACUCCCGUUGUUGCUCAGCAAGUUGAGCCAAAUGCUGCUCUUCCCGCUGCUCCGAUCAGUGGCCAUGGGAAACAAAGCUCCGUUGAUCUAUCUGGCGAGCUUUACGGCAAUCAAGAUGCGUCCAAGGCUUCCUCAUCUGCGCCUACCACAUCAAAUCAAGAUGAAAGUAAGCCCAAGAGAAAGAGUGGCUUCCGUGCAGCUUUUGGUGCGAUUCGUGAACUACUGAAAUAAAUACUUUGUACAAGUUGAAAUGGUAAAACGUAUUAAAUUGCAUUGUAUUGAUUAUAUAUGACUGAUACUAUCCGGUGACA